CGCGCGCGGGGCGCUGAGGAGAGGCGUCGCAGCGGGCUCCGGCCGCGGUCCCGGCAGCUCUGCCCUCUGCACAGCCGUGAAGCCGCACGUCCGGUGCCCCGGGGAGGCGGGGGGGGCUCGGCCUGUUGCUGAGGGGAUGCGGCCUCCGCCGUGACGGAGAUGGGAGAGUAACAGCAGCGCGGCGGCACCGGCUGUGGAGCAUCCCGUUGUCCAGGCCCUGCUGGAGGUUUCUCUUCCUCCACCUCUUAAAGAAACCCGUGACCUUGUGACAGUGGCAUCGCCCCGUAGGAAAGCCCACGGGGACUUCAUGUGUGCAGUCUCGACCCGGCCUCCUUCCCCUCUCCACCUGGAGCUGAGGCAUUUUGGCAUGGCGGGGGACAGAGCCGUGUGUGACGGGGACACUUAGCAUCAUGCUGGCUCUGGAUGCGUCGCUCCUGCUCGCUGCUUGUGCUGAGUGCUCAGGAGUUUGUCAAGAAGCACUUUCUUUUGCUUCCGUGCUGCACUGCGAACAGGAACAGCCUGGAUCUGGCUUCCUGCCUUUAGCUUUGGCAUAAAUACUGCCAUUGGGUCUGGUAUCCUGUGCUGCAAAUCACUAGAUCCUUUUCGAGCUGUGGUCUCGAGAAAUGGGUCCACAUACCUUUCUAUUCUUAAAUAAAGAAGACACCCCUGAUGGAAGAAUUCCUGGGGAGAGUUUUUGACAUCGACGUUACAAGUGGAACUGAAACAGGCAUUAUUUAAAGUGCUUGGAGCAGGAGCCUCUGAAGGGAGAGGAUGGCUGUGAGCAUGGAUGAUGACGUUCCCCUUAUCCUCACCCUGGAUGACAGUGGAAGCAGCACCUCAGCCCCUCUCGAUGCUAUGGACCGGGAGGAGCUGCCUAAUGAAAAUGGAGGUAGCUAUGAUGUUAUUCAUGAUGCAUCCAGCCCUGCUGCGGGGGACUGCUGCGCGCAGCAAAGCUCUGCCCGACACAACUGGGAAAUGAACUACCAAGAGGCAGCAAUCUACCUCCAGGAAGGAGAAAAUAAUGAUAAGUUCUUCACUCACCCCAAAAAUGCCAAAGCACUUGCUGCCUACCUCUUUGCACACAAUCACCUUUUCUACCUAAUGGAGCUGAGCACAGCACUGCUGCUCCUGUUGCUGUCUCUCUGCGAAGCACCGGCUGUUCCCAUGCUCCGUCUUGGCAUCUUUGUCCACGCAACCCUGGAGCUGUUCGCGUUAAUUGUGGUGGUCUUUGAACUCUCCAUGAAGAUGAGGUGGCUGGGCUUCCAAACCUUUAUCAGGCACAAAAGGACUAUGGUAAAGACUUGUGUGCUGUUUGUACAGUUCAUCGAGGCCAUCGUGGUGCUGGUGCGCCAAACCUCGCACGUGCGCAUAACGAGAGCUCUGCGCUGCAUCUUCCUGGUGGACUGCCGCUACUGUGGGGCUGUCAGAAGAAAUCUGCGACAGAUCUUCCAGUCCCUCCCACCAUUUAUUGACAUUCUUCUCCUCCUGCUUUUCUUCAUGGUGAUUUUUGCCAUCCUGGGUUUUUACUUGUUUUCUCCUAACCACUCGGAUCCGUACUUCAAUACCCUAGAGAACAGCCUUGUGAAUCUCUUCGUGCUUUUGACCACUUCAAAUUUCCCUGAUGUGAUGAUGCCAUCUUACGCCCGGAACCCCUGGUCCUGUGUCUUCUUCAUAGUGUAUCUCUCCAUUGAGCUCUACUUCAUCAUGAACUUGCUUCUUGCUGUUGUGUUUGACACCUUCAAUGACAUCGAGAAGAGGAAGUUCAAGUCCUUGCUGCUGCACAAGCGCACGGCCAUCCAGCACGCGUACCGCUUGCUGAUCACCAAGCAGAGGCCGUCUGGAAUUUCCUUCAAGCACUUUGAAGGGCUGUUGCGGUUUUACAAGCCUCGGAUGUGUGCCAGAGAGCGCUAUCUCACUUUCAAAGCACUGAAUCAAAGCAAUACUCCUUUAGUCAGUCUGAAGGAUUUUUACAAUUUCUAUGAAGUUGUUGGCUUAAAAUGGAAGGCAAAACGAAAUCGGGAGCACUGGUUUGAUGACCUUCCAAGGACAGCAUUCCUUAUUUUUAAAGGCAUCAACAUCCUUGUGAAGUCCCGUGCGUUCCAAUACACUAUGUAUACUGUAGUGGCUGUGAAUGGAGUUUGGAUUCUUGUUGAAACCUUCAUGCUGCAAGGAGGGAAUUUCUUCUCCAGAAACGUCCCAUGGAGCUACAUAGUCUUCCUCACAAUCUAUGGCGUGGAGCUGCUCCUGAAGACCACUGGGCUGGGGCCUGUUGAGUACCUGUCCUCAGGUUGGAAUCUCUUUGACUUCUCAGUCACCCUGUUUGCAUUUUUGGGGCUCAUGGCACUGGCGUUUAACAUGGAACCCUUCUACUUCAUUGUGGUCUUGCGACCCCUUCAGCUGCUGAGGCUAUUUAAACUGAAGAAACGCUACAGAAAUGUGCUGGACACUAUGUUUGAGUUGUUCCCCCGGAUGGCCAGCCUGGGUUUAACCCUGCUGAUCUUCUACUACUGCUUUGCCAUUGUUGGCAUGGAGUUCUUUGCUGGCGUGGUCUACCCAAACUGCUGCAACACAAGCACAGUUGCAGAUGCCUACCGCUGGGUGAAUCAUACGGUUGGCAACAAGACGGUUGUGGAGGAAGGUUAUUACUAUCUCAACAACUUCGACAACAUUUUGAACAGCUUUGUGACGCUGUUUGAGCUGACGGUCGUCAACGACUGGUACAUCAUCAUGGAAGGGGUGACAUCCCAAACCACUCACUGGAGCCGUCUUUACUUCAUGAUCUUCUAUAUUGUGACCAUGGUGGUGAUGACCAUCAUCGUGGCUUUUAUUCUGGAUGCUUUUGUCUUCCGCAUGAACUACACUCGGAAGAACCAGGAUUCAGAAGAAGACAACGGCAUUGUGCUGGAGAAGGAGAUCUCCAAGGAGGAAGUGAUUGGCAUCAUCGAGCUGUACAAGCGGAUUUCAGCUGCCACGGAAACAGCUCAGCUGCAGAAGAUCGUUUUGCAGAUGGACAAAUACGGGCAAAUGUCAGCAGUGUUUCUGGGACGCAGAUCAAGGACCAAGAGUGAUUUGAGUAUGAAGAUGUAUGAGGAGGAGAUCCAGGAAUGGUAUGAGGAGCAUUCCAGAAAAGAGGAAACUCAGACACCAUUGCAAGAGCCUGCAUCUGCUUCCAACAGCUCUCUGAAGCCUGUGAGCCUCCGACAACGAUCCCAGACUGUCAUUUAGGCCUAGCUAAUGCAAGCCACCUUCUAUGCAAUAACCUAGAGUAUUACUUCACAGCGUAUAUAUCAGGAUGGUGUAUAUAGAUCUGUUCAGUGUUUGGCUUUAGGGUUUCAAGCUCUUCCCCUAGGCAGUGAAUUGCUGAAAACCAGAGGCCCAGGGGGCUCUGUGUAAGGCUGCUACGCACAGACUGAGCGUGAUGGCCAUGCUCAGCACAGAGCAAACAGCUCGGACAGAACAGAGACCUUCUCCCCCUGAGCCACGUCCCAGGCUCCAGCCUCCUCUUUGUCUUACCACUAACAGACCCUGGGGAAAGGGAUGUGUAAUCCAUUAACAGCAGGAAACACGCUGAAGCCACCUGCUUAGUAUUAAAACUUUUGCCCUUUUUAAAGAGCUCUUUUGCUUAAAGGGUACCAUUAACCUAGGAAUAAAAGAUCAGGGAGUGAGCUUUUGUUUCUUCUCCACCUUUCCUUAUGCAAAAGAAGGAGAGGUUGUGUGAAAUUUCAGCACUUUUGGAAGAGCAGCCUGCCUUCCCCCUCCUUUUUGGCACACCUAGAUGUACCCCCUGUAGUAGAUCCAGCUCUGAUGAUUGAAUUUGGCUGUCCCUGAGCAGUUCUGUGGCAGCUGGAGGUAGAACUGAGGGCCAGCAUCUUAUCAUGUUAUGACCAUGGGUGGGACAGGAGUUUGGGGAGACAAACUCUGCCUCUGCUGUCCAGUAUCUGCACUGCUGCUGGUCAGGUCAGUGGUACUGCACAGGACUGGGAUCACCCCUGGAAACCCCAGAGCUUCUCCUUGUUCACAGGGGGGAUUCUGCAGGGUGAUUGAUGGUGGCUGUCGACCUCUGCCACUUAGUGGCAUAUCUCUGGCUGGUCCUUAGCUCAGACAGACGACUCGGAGGAAGAAAUGGAAGGUUUUGCACCUCCAAGUCUGACUUAUUUCUGCUAGGCUCUGGGUUGAGAGCUUAUGGGCAUCAGUUAACUGCUGGUUAGCCCUGAGCCAGGUCACUGCUUUGUGCAUCCAGUGCAGCAGUGCUGCUCCUCCCUUGCUCUCACCCGUGCAGAGAUGUUCCUCAGGCUGGCAAAUGCUGACUGAGUCUGAUCUUAGGAAGAUCCACUGAAGAGCUUGACUGUUCCUCUGAAUUUUGGAUGCAGGAGGAACAUGGAAGACAGCGAUUCUUCUCUGUGGCUGGCAAGGAGGCUGCCAGACCUUGUAGCUGAGGGAUGGGAAGGAAGGGGGAGAGGGAUCCCUUCCCAUUCUGCCACGUUUAUUCUGUGAUCAUGGCAGGUCGCAUCAUUGCUUGUGUUUCAUUGCCCACAGUGUGAUGAGAACCUGUCUCUUCUAAGUCCCUUUCUCUUCUUCCUGUCAGCACAGAAAGUACCUGUCAGCUGGGAGGCUGCCCUUGCCUCUUGCUGUUUGAUCUUUCCUCAGGUUCAAACUGAGAGUAGAGCUUGCAGGGGAGGCUUUCUCCUUCCUCCAGGCAGAUCAGGCACUGGGAGAUCUGCGUGUGCCCAUUCCCCUUGUCCCACAUACCUGCGUUUUCCUUGGUAGCCUCAUAACGUGGCACAAGGACACAGCAGGAAACGACUGGUCCUAUCCAGCAGCACAGGAGCAUUUCCUGAGUGGAUGAGCCUUUCAGAAGUAGGGAAGAACAGAGCUGCUCAAACUCCCUCCUUGCACAGAGCACGGUGGCAGCAUUUGGGCACUGGGAUGGAAAGAGCUGCUUUCCAGGCAGUGUGCACACCAGCGUCUGCUCUCAACCCCUGCCAGAUUCCCUGGGUGCCUCAGGGCAACUCUUUUGUUUCCUUUCUGGGUACUGCAGGUAUGAAACUACAUCUGAGCUGAACCGUGAAGGACCUUAAAGGGCUGUUUUCCAAACCAUAAACUCGACCACAAAUUAAUGAGCAGUGCAGUUGUUGCUCUGCAUGGAGCUGCAGCCUGGGGGACUUACCCAGGUUAGUCCUGGGGCUGGAGGAGAUGUUGUUUAUGCUGGUUUCUGUUGUGGGCAGAAUGAACGAGCAUUGUGAAGGUGAGGGGGGAAACAAAAUGUGGCUGUGUUUAAGCACUGCAUUCCACUACAGCCUAUUUCUCCUCACGGGGCUUUCAGUGAUGGGUUUUGGGGGGUGUUUUCUGGGUGUGAAAGAAGCUGCAGCUUUAUUGAGGGGGCACUAACCUGCUUACCAUGCAAUAAGAGGGCUGUCACGGAGAUGGGAAUGCUUGGAUGGGGUUCAGGGCUCAGGUGCUGCUUCCAUGGUUCCUGAGGUGUUGAGCUGCCCCCAUGUACAGACUGUAUAUUUUUGUAAACCAAGAAGGGUCACAGUUUACUUCUUCCAUAUGGCUUUGGAAGGAAACAAAGUUUGAGUACGGGGCAUCCCCUUCUAUUUCUCCUCCUCUCCCCACCUGACACACAGACUAACGACAGAGACAAUCAUGUUGUAGGGAGCAAGGGAGGAAGCACUGCAGGAUUUUGUAUGCUGGUUUUGUUUAGCACAUGAUUUUAUGGACACAGCUGUAAAAUGUUCUCUAGAUUGGGUUUUUUUUUCCAAGCGCACUAAUAAAAUGCAUCCUGGGCUUUGUAAAGGCA